AACUUUAAAGAAAUAUGGAGUCUGCUAGUUCUGCCAACAUUGAGCCUUCAUCUUCUGCUGAAGCACCUCUUGCUCAGCCACUUACCCAACUGCCCCUUGCUCAACCACUGCCUGCCCAAUCAGCUCUUGCACAACCACUUGCACAACUGCUUGCGCAAAACACAAGCUCUUCUGCAGUUGAAUCCCUUGAGCUACAGAUAUCUAAAGGCCAAGUGCUAGAUUACAUAAAGGAACACGACAAACAUGCAUGUGAACUGUGGUUACGAUCAACUUAUAUUGACAAAUAUGGGUCUGAAUCGUGUGCAAGCCUGGAAGCAUACAAGGGAACUGUCAGGAAAGUGCAUAGUGACUAUCAGAAGGCAAAUAUGAGUAAGCGUCGCAAUCCUGAUGAACUUGAAAACCUAAGAUCUUCUCCCUAUCGAUUUCCUAGGAAAAGCAUGCCAUCAAAAAAGCGUAAACGGUUUGAUGAUAUCUUGCAUGCUGAAGCUGCUGAAACAGUUGCCUCUGUUCUCCAUACAUCAUUAGAAGAAAAAGACCGUGAACUUGGGGCCGCACAAAAGUCAUUGGUAGAAAAGGACUAUGAACUGGAUGUUGCCCAGAGGAAAAUUGCUCAUCUCACGUCUCUGAUUACUGUGAAAAAUAAAGAGCUGAAACGAACAAGAGGUAACAGAGAUUACUACAAGCAGAAGGUAGAUAAAGUGGAGACAAAACUGGAGGCUGCUGCCACGAGUUGUGACGUUCAUGAUACGGAAUUACAAAUGGCUUUUGACACCAUAAAAAACAUGAAACAGGAACAACGUGAGGCAUCAGACACAAUCAAGACUCUUGAAGACCACAUAAAAAGACGAAAAAGCAAGACUGUCGUCACUUAUACCGGAGCCCACUUUACCACAGAAUUCACAUGUCUUGUGCACAAACUAUUAGAGCACCAUGUUGGCUAUAACCAUAUUGGGCUAGUCAUCCAGGAGUGUUUAGAAUUUGUGGAAAAGGUUCCGUCAAAGUUGCCAUCAAGAUCAACUAUUGUUAAUAUGAAUGCAACAAGGUUAGGGCUUGAUAAACGGGCUGAUAAGGCUGCAUCCGAAUUGGCUGUCUAGAGCUAGGUCUAGGUCUGUGCCCGUUGAAAAUGCGCGGGGACGCGCUGACAAUAGCCGUAGCUCUGGAAGCCCUUUUCGGACACAGCCUAACUAGCAAAAACGCUUGUUAGUGGCAAUUAGCAUAAUAUUUGGGCUUGGACCGUAUAAUGUAAACUAAGGUAUUUUUGGAACAACAUAGCCCCAGAACACCGUGACUUUGAAACCAAUACAAUGUAACGCCUAAACAACGAACAUCGCGGGAUCGUAAUAACGAUCGUUCGGUAGGCCUAUAGCAGUUUUGAAGCGCCGGUACCCUUUUUUGACCAAUAGUGAAGGGCAUUCUCACAUCCCUCGGCCGCAGGAGUCGUCGUCACGGGUGGUUUUGAUGUUCGGAAUUAAAAGUGGUCCAAAUAGUGUUUAAUUCAAAAGGUAGAUUUUUAACAAUGUUUGGUACAUUUUGCACAUUAAAAUCGGGAGCCAAGGAUGAUGUUUGGUAUAGCCGAAUGUUCGGUAUAGCGGUGUUCGGUAUAGCGGUGUUCCACUGUAUGUAGUUGAUUUUAUCAAACAAACCUAAAAUACAUUAUUGCUAAUGGAAAAUGAUUCAGACAUGAUUUGGUACUUUUGAAUAUUCACAAAUUUGGUGUAAUAUCACUAAUAUAAAUAUAAUAUUGAUCAGUAAUGAUAAAUGGAUAAACCUUUCGAUGUGCACAUUGCAUCAUGGGUUCGGACGACAAACAAGCAAUGCAGUUUAUGCACUAGGGCAGUUAACCAGUCAAAAAAGACGAACAUUAUUCCUUUCCAAAGCUUAAUUGGUCCUCACUUCGCUAAUGCAUAGAAUGAUACCCAUUAUACUUUCGAAAUAAAAGUCAGAUUGAAACUUCAGAAAUUUAAGAUACACCAGUCAUCAGGCCCAGAGGAACGAUUGUAAUGUUGGAGGCAUGAGCUUCAAAUCUUGAUUCUGAUUGGCAGGUCAUAAUACAUGAGUUUUAAAAA